AAAUAAAAAAAAUUCUACCCCUUUUCUUCUGAGCGUAAUAACUAAAACCCUUUUCUCUCUCUCCCUCUCUCUCUCUCUCUCUCUCUGAAAGUGUGUGAGAAAUUACACACACUGAAGGUGUCCCCGAUCUGUGAGUUCGGAAUUGAAGAUUGGGAUACGGGCAGAGAGGAAAAGGAACCCUAUUAGUUUCUUCUCGCUUGAAGUUUCUUUGGAGAAAAAUCAAGGACGCUUCAGAAUCUUUUAAAAUUCAGAAUGAAGAAUCACGAGCGUCUCGCUAAUUUGGCUCUUGCAGCUUUGACCUUUGCCCCACUCGUCGUGAAGGUGGACCCAAAUCUAAAUGUUAUCUUGACGGCUUGUCUAACUGUAUAUGUUGGUUGCUAUCGCUCGGUUAAGGCAACUCCACCUACUGAGACUAUGUCCAAUGAACAUGCCAUGCGGUUUCCAUUGGUUGGGAGCGCAAUGUUGCUGUCAUUGUUUUUGCUUUUCAAAUUUUUAUCAAAAGACUUGGUUAAUGCUGUAUUAACGUGUUACUUUUUCGUACUUGGGAUUGCUGCUCUUUCGGCAACAUUGCUACCUGCAAUUAAACGAUUCCUGCCCAACCCAUGGAAUGAUAACGUCAUUGUAUGGCGUUUCCCAUAUUUUCGGUCUUUGGAGGUUGAGUUUACAAAAUCACAAAUCAUUGCUGCAAUUCCUGGGACCUUUUUUUGUGUUUGGUACGCUUCAAAGAAGCAUUGGCUAGCUAACAAUAUCUUGGGACUUGCAUUCUGCAUUCAGGGAAUUGAAAUGCUUUCACUCGGCUCAUUUAAGACUGGUGCUAUUCUCUUGGCCGGGCUUUUUGUAUAUGACAUAUUCUGGGUCUUCUUUACGCCUGUUAUGGUUAGCGUUGCCAAGUCUUUUGAUGCUCCAAUAAAGCUUUUGUUCCCAACAUCAGAUGCUGCACGUCCAUUUUCAAUGUUGGGACUUGGUGAUAUAGUGAUUCCUGGAAUUUUUGUAGCACUGGCACUAAGAUUUGAUGUUUCGAGAGGGAAAGAGAGCCAAUAUUUUAAGAGCGCUUUUGUAGGAUAUACCGCUGGUUUGGUUGCCACAAUCAUUGUCAUGAACUGGUUUCAAGCUGCACAGCCUGCGUUGUUGUAUAUCGUGCCCGGUGUUAUCGGAUUUUUGGCUGCACAUUGUUUAUGGAAUGGAGAAGUCAAACCUUUGUUGGCGUUUGACGAGUCAAAGACGGAAGAAACUAGCUCUGAAGAAACUAGUGAGGCAGAUUCAAACAAGAAAGCAGACUGAGAGAGAUUUGUUGAGAAGAAGAAAUUGAAAAUUUACUUACAAAGAAGAGGAUAAUAUGUGAAGGGGUUUUAGGACUAACUUAAUUAAUGCACCAGAGUUUGUUUUACCAGAUUUUUGGUCAUUAUUAGUAAAAUUACUACUACUAGUAAUAUUUCUCAUUUGUGAACCCAUAUUAUAUAAUACUCUCUCAUAUAUGUCAAUGUUACAAAAUGGGUUAAAUUUGCA